CAGACACCACAGUCGCAAUCAAACAUCAAUUUUCACUUGAUUAGCUUAAUUAAUCAACGAGCUUAUUAGUCAGAGAGAAGCUAAAAACAUAUUCCACAUACAUACAUGGCGAUGGCGACGGCAGCAUGCAGCAGGGCAGUGCAGGUCAUGGCGCUCGCCAUGGCCGCCGCAGUGGUGAUGAGCACCGUGCCGGCGUCGGGGACGACGACGACGACGCUGCAGUACGGGUUCUACGGGUCGUCGUGCCCGAAAGCCGAGGAGACGGUGAGGAACGUGGUGGAGGGGAUGAUCAUGAACGACCCCACCAUGGGCGCCGCCUUCGUCCGUCUCUUCUUCCACGACUGCUUCGUCAGGGGUUGUGACGCGUCCAUUCUGCUGGACCCGACGAGAAGCAACAGGCAGACGGAGAAGACGGCGAUCCCGCUGCGCGGCUACGACGCCGUGAACAAGAUCAAGGCCGCCGUCGAGGCCGUCUGCCCCGGCGUCGUCUCCUGCUCCGACAUCCUCGCCUUCGCCGCGCGCGACUCCGCCGUCGUCUCCGGCAACUUCGCCUUCGCCAUGCCAUCCGGCCGCCGCGACGGCCUCGUCUCCUCGGCCCUCGACGUCAUCCAGGGCAUCCCUUCCCCGGCGUUCCAGCUCCAGGACCUGAUCGACAGCUUCGCCGCCAAGGGCCUGACCGCCGGCGACCUCGUCAUCCUCUCCGGCGCGCACUCCUUCGGGCUCACCCACUGCUCCUUCGUCACCAGCAGGCUCUACCCGACGGUGGACCCGACCAUGAACGCCACCUUCGCCGCGGCGCUCAAGAAGGUGUGCCCGCCGCCGGCGAAGGGCGGCGGCGGCAAGGCGGUGAGCAACAACCAGGUGACCGACCCCAACGCGCUGAGCAACCAGUUCUUCAAGAACGUGGCCACCGGGCAGGUGAUGUUCACGUCGGACCAGACGCUGACGAGCCGCAGCGACACCGCGGCGAUGGUGGCCGACAACGCCGCCAACCCGGUGGCGUGGAUGGCGAGGUUCGCGGCGGCGAUGGUGAAGAUGGGAGGCAUCGAGGUGCUCACCGGCAACGCCGGCGAGGUCAGGAAGGUCUGCUCCGCCACCAACACGGCGAGCUAAUUAAUUAGACCUACUACCUUCGUCUCAAAGAAAAACCAAUUUAGAAAUUGAUUUUCU